UCCAAGCGGAGCUCUUCCGGAAACGAACAGAGCGUUGCAGGAGAUGACGAAUGUCAUCUUCUUCUUCAAAUCCUUCUCUUCCUUACAUUUCCAGUUCCCCUCUCUGGUUCCCAAGCCUCCGCCAUUUCUGAGCUUCCUCAGCUUGCAGAAGAAAAGCUCCAGCAAUUCCCUCAACUCGGUUGACAAAACACUAAUCGGAGCUCUAUCCGGAGUCCUUUCGUUCGGCCUUCUUUUCCAUUCCCCCUUAUCUGUUGCGUUGGAUUAUUCGUCUGUGGAAAUCUUCUCAUUAUCGGCUGAUUCUUCGCCGUCCGAUUCAUCUGCGUCUUGUGUUGAAGACGAGCUACCUGACUUUGGGAACUCUGAGACGGUGUCUCCGCCGGUAACUAACGAGGAUAUUGUGCAAGAGGCUUGGGAAAUUGUAAAUGAUAGUUUUCUAGAUGCUGGUCACCAUCGCUGGUCGCCUGAAGCUUGGAAGCAAAGGCAAGAAGACAUUAUGAAUAUGUCAAUUCAAACUCGGUCAAAGGCUCAUAAUAUCAUCCGAAGAAUGCUGGCAAGCUUGGGCGAUCCUUAUACACGUUUUCUUCCCCCUGCUGAGUUCUCCAAAAUGGCGAGGUAUGACAUGACUGGUAUUGGAAUAAACCUUAGGGAAGUUCCAGAUGAUAGUGGAGGCAUGAAAAUAAAGGUACUAGGACUCUUAUUAGAUGGUCCUGCACAUUUGGCUGGCAUUAGACAGGGUGAUGAAGUUUUAGCUGUUAAUGGAGUGGAUGCGAGAGGGAAAUCAGCAUUUGAAGUAUCUUCAUUACUACAAGGCCCUAAUGAAACACAAGUGACUGUUAAGGUCAAACAUGGUAACUGUGGACCAGAAGAAAGUAUUCAAGUCCAAAGGCAGGUUCUUGUUCGAUCCCCAGUCUUUUAUCGCCUUGAGCAAAUUGAUGCUGCCUCUUCUGUUGGGUACGUUCGCCUAAAGGAAUUCAAUGCAUUGGCUAAAAAGGACUUGGUUACAGCAAUGAAGCGUCUUGAGGCCAUGGGCGCUUCAUAUUUCAUUUUGGAUCUCAGAGAUAAUCUUGGUGGACUGGUACAGGCUGGAAUAGAAAUUGCAAAGCUAUUUCUAAAUGAAGGAAGCACGGUGAUCUAUACAGUUGGAAGAGAUCCCCAAUACCAAAAAACUGUUGUUGCAGACACUGGACCAUUAGUUACAGCUCCAGUCGUGGUUCUUGUGAACAAAAAAACUGCAAGUGCAAGUGAAAUUGUUGCUUCCUCGCUGCAUGAUAAUUGUAGAGCUGUUCUUGUGGGAGAAAGGACUUAUGGCAAGGGUUUGAUUCAGUCUGUUUUCGAACUUCACGACCGAUCUGGUGUCGCAGUCACCGUUGGGAAGUAUGUUACCCCAAAUCACAAAGAUAUAAAUGGAAACGGAAUCGAACCCGACUUCCAAAACUUCCCAGCAUGGACUGAUGUCACUAAACGUCUUUCACAGUGCUCCAUCCUUCAUCAAGGAUAACCCAGGUUACCCCGGGCGCUCUCGGUCUUCAUUCACUCGCCUUUUUACUGCUCCUCCCUCUUUAGAGUGUCUUGUUCUGAGAUCUCUAGAUUUGCAGCUCAAUUUUCCGAAAGCUCAGGGCAUGAAAGUGGAUCAAAAUCAGUUUAUCUCAGUGUAGAUUCACUGAGAGGUGCAGACAAGAACCAUGGAGAAGUUUUGCAUCUAAUAAGCCCCUCUCUUAAGCAAUUAGAGGCCAUAAGAAUACUUUUUUUGUGAUUGUUUUUAAGAAAACUUGAAUCUUCUUGUUUGCUUGUUGUAAAUGGUUAGUAGUGACAAUGGUCAAACGUUCUUGAACAUCAGAUUGUUUGAGAAUUCGUUAGCUUGAAGAAACGUGCCAUUAUAUACUUUCUUUCAGUCAGAAACGGCUCAUUCAUUCUGGCAAUAAACCAUUUUGCUUGGUUUAUACUCUUUGGAUGUGAUAAAGAAACUCUUAUUCA